AUGACUUGUAGUUUCUUGUUGAAUGCCCUGCUGACAUUUCUAGUGCUGGCGACAGCUGUGCACGCCCAACACAACCACGACAGCCACCAAGAAUCCGAGCCUGUCGCGGCCGUUCUCAGUGCUUGUGGUGUGGUGACGCACCAGCCCGAUUACGACCGGGGGGUACACAUCGCGGCGAUCUUUAUCGUGUUUGUUGUGUCCAUGCUUGGCAGUCUGCUCCCUGUUGUCAGUUCGUACGUGUCGUGCCUUCGCAACAGUCGCACCGUGUUGUCCGUGCUCAACUCGUUUGGGUUUGGGGUCGUGAUAGCGACGUCGUUCAUCCACAUGAUCCCUGCGGCCAUGGAAACGCUGGGGAACCCGUGCUUGGACGUGGGGUACCCAGUCCUCGCCAUGGUCCUUGUGGUUGGCACAGUCUUUGCCAUGCAAGUGCUCGAAACGGAACUCGUGCUCAUGCUGACCAACGCCGAUGAUGCCAAGCGCGACGACGCCAUGGUGAGCAUAACGUCUGUGCCCGGUGAGUACCAUCAGCAUCACCACAGCCACGGUGGCGGAGAACAUAGCCGCAAGAAGAUCAACGUGCUGAUCUUUGAAAUCGGCGUUGCCAUCCACUCGGUGAUCAUUGGGCUCAACUUGGGCGUCGAGACGGGCGCGGACUUCACGACGCUGCUCGUGGCCAUUUGCUUCCAUCAGUUCUUUGAGGGGGUUGCCGUCGGUGCGUCCGCCGUGACCGCCUUCUCGAACGUCCGCACGUCCGUCUUCACAGCCGUCGCGUACUCGCUCACGACGCCCCUGGGUAUUGCCAUUGGGAUUGCAGUCAAUAGUUCGUACAGUGACACGUCGAUUACGUCGUUGUGGGUGCGCGGCGUCUUGGAUUCGGUGGCUGGUGGCAUCUUGGUGUACACUGGGAUUGUGGAAUUGCUCACGUAUCAGUACACGAUCAGCCAAGAGUUCCGCGCCAAGCUGGGCAACGUUCGAUCUCUCCACUACCUCUUCUUAUGGCUUGGCGCUGGGGCCAUGGCCGUCGUUGGGGCUUGGACUUAGGUUUAAUCUGUGGCAGGGUGGACAGACUGAAAAACCUUAUCCUUUG